CCCCUCCGUUCUUCAUUACCUCCUCCACCACCUCCACUGCCGCCGCCCUUUAAAAUGCCUCUCCGCCGCUUCCUAUUUUCAUUUCUAAUACUCACAUACUCCGUCGCUUCUUCAGUGACAGCAACCGCCGCUGCCGCAAAGAAGCAAACUUUAAACACCCACGAAGCUGAGUUCUUCAACCCAAAGCUUCCACCACGAACCCUUUCGUCGUCGAAAAAAUUCGAAGGCUCGUCGAAUAUCGUCGACCUCCGUUACCAUAUGGGCCCGGUUCUUUCCUCUUCGCCCCCUUAUUAUAAAGACUUCAUCAACUCAAUCUCCCCUUCCUCCGCCGCUUCCUGGCCGUCCCCUUCCGUCUCCGAGUGGUGGAAAACUGUUUCUCUUUACACCGACCAGACCGGAGCCAAUGUUUCCCGGAACCUCGUCGUGGCGAAAGAACACUCGGAUACGCGUUACUCCCACGGGUAUCACCUCACGCGCCUUUCGGUCCAACAAGUCAUCGCCACCGCCGUUAAAGCCGAGCCUUUCCCCGUGGAUCACCGUAACGGGAUCUACUUGAUCCUCACCGCACACGACGUUACCGUCCAAGACUUCUGCCGUGCCAUUUGCGGCUUCCAUUACUUCACAUUCCCCUCCAUGGUGGGUUACACUCUACCCUACGCGUGGAUCGGCAACUCGGGGAAACAAUGCCCAGAGGUCUGCGCUUACCCGUUCGCCGUCCCCGGGUACAUGGGCGGCGGGGUUCCGGGAGCGUUGGUCCCGCCGAACGGAGACAUCGGGUUGGACGGGAUGAUCAGUGUGAUCGCCCACGAGUUGGCCGAGCUAUCGACGAAUCCGCUGGUGAAUGCGUGGUACGCCGGAGAGGACCCGACCGCCCCGACGGAGAUUGGGGAUCUUUGUGAAGGGUUAUACGGUACCGGUGGCGGCGGAGGGUAUAUCGGUCAGGUUAUGAGAGAUGGGAAAGGGAGAACUUACAAUAUGAAUGGCUAUAAAGGUCGGAAAUUUUUGGUGCAGUGGGUAUGGAGCCCCGCGUUGAAAGCUUGUGCCGGUCCGAAUGCCAUGGACUAAAUUUCAAUUUUUUUUUUAAAUAUAUAUAUAUAUAUAUAUAUAUAUUAGCUGCU